AUCCAACACCCCCCCCCCCCCCUUCUUGUCACAAAAUCCAAGUUUGUAAUAUAUUACCCCUUCGUUCUCUUUGUUCAUUCUUUGUGUAAACGAGAAAAGAAUCUUAUACUAUAUGGUUAUAUAACAAGCUAAAGUUCUUCAACAUCAAACUUAUUUUGUACUUAAUAUAGUUUUUUUCUUUUGGGAUAGAAAUAAGCUCAAAGUUUCACUCUUAUCAACAUAUAUAUACUGUAUAGUCAGUUUAUGAUCUAGUAUAUCAGCCAGAAAGAGUAAACAGUGAAUCAUACCAACUAUUUGUGUAAAGAUCCCUAUAAACUAAGCCUAAAGUUCUUCAACAUCAAAUUUAUUUUGUUAUUUAUUGAAUUGUUUUUGUUGGAUAUAAAAAGAUCAAAGUACUCUCAUAAAUAUACAUAUAUAUACAUAGAAUAUACUAGGAUAUCUUAUGUCUUAUACGAAAGAUCAUCAAGAAGAUCAAGAAAAUUGUUCUGAAGCUACUAUACAUAAUCUUCAACAGUGUAUUCAAGAACAGCUACUACUUCAUCAUCAAGAAGAACAAGAAAAUAUGGAGCCACAAAGUUACAUGAACCAGGUUCACUUCCAAAGCAACUCGGAAAUGUCACAAAUUCUACCAUGGACACUACCUCCAGUUCAACCUUUCAACUCGGUUCACCACCAUGACCCUUUCCUCCUUCCACCUUCACCAUCACCUUACGGUUUAUUCAACCGUAGGCCACAAUUCGGUUACGAGGGUGCCACGUCAUCGGACCACGGUCACCUCAGGUUCAUAUCGGAUACUUUAGUAGGUCAAGUGGUUCAUCAUCAACCCGGUUCAGCACCUUUUGGUUUACAAGCUGAGUUACAAAAAAUGACAGCUCAAGAAAUUAUGGAUGCUAAGGCAUUAGCUGCUUCAAAAAGUCAUAGUGAAGCUGAAAGGAGACGUAGAGAAAGAAUCAAUAAUCAUCUUGCUAAAUUGAGAAGCCUUCUUCCUAAUACUACAAAAACGGACAAAGCUUCAUUGCUAGCAGAGGUGAUACAACAUGUGAAGGAGCUAAAAAGGCAAACAUCCUUAAUAGCAGAGACAAGUCCUGUCCCAACUGAAAUUGAUGAAUUAACAGUUGACAAUGCAACAUCCGAUGAAGAUGGUAAGUUUGUGAUUAAGGCCUCGUUGUGCUGUGAGGACAGGUCAGAUCUUUUGCCUGAUUUAAUCAAGACAUUGAAAGCACUAAGGUUAAAAACACUUAAAGCUGAAAUUACAACACUUGGUGGACGUGUGAGGAAUGUCUUGUUCAUAACUGGGGAUGAUUGUAAUUAUAAUAAUAAUCAAGAUUUGGAUCCGAAUACCAGUGAUGAUGAUCAACAACAGCCACAAUAUUGUAUAAGUUCAAUACAAGAAGCACUUAAAGCAGUGAUGGAGAAAUCAAGUGGUGAUGAUUCUUCUUCAGCAAGUGUUAAGAGACAAAGAACUAACAACAUCAACAUCCUUACUUAAAUUACUAGUAGUACUUUUCUUCCUUUUUGUGUGUUUCUUUUUCUUUUUUUUUUCUUUUUUUUUUGGGGGUGUGGUUUUAUUUUUUUCUCCUUAACUUCUAAGAACAAUAUAUGUAGAGGGUCGGUGUUGUUUAGGUCUUGGUCUAGUGCGUGGUAAGAGUACAUCGUGUUUUGUCGCAGACAAAAACAUCCAGUAUAGAGGGGCGGAUCUAGUAUGCGCUGAUUUUGGAACCGUGCAUCCCCGACUCUCAAGGGUUUCUGGAUUAUAAAAAAAUAUAUAGAGGGUUGGUGGUGAUUUUUUUUUCGGUGUCCAAAAAUGUCCCUAUCAAUUGCCUCAUGUCAUGCACUCAUCAAAACUCUGAUAUUUAAAUGGAGGAGUGUUGAGGGGUAGAUCUAGUAUCCGCUGAUUUUCGAAUCAUGUGUCCCCGGUUCUUGGGAAUUUCUGAAUUAUAAAAGAAAUAUAGAGGGUUGGGGGUGGUUUUUUUUUUUUUUUUUUUUUUUUGGUUGUCCAAAAGUGUCCCUUUCAUCAGUUGGCUCAUAUCAUGUUCAUCAACAGUUCGAGUCAUGCAAGAAAACCUAAAGAAAAAAUGUGGGGAAGGAUCUUUUUCGUGAAGAGAGAAGCAUUAUAAGAAAACCUAAGAUAGAAAGGUUUGAUUACGUUGGUGAUCCAAUUCUAGGGUGCAAAUAUCAAACAUGCUGUCUGUCUUUUUUGUUCCUUGGUGAAAUUUCCUUGUCACCUUCUUUCUCUCUCUCUUCGUCAGCAUUAUUGCAUGGUGACGAUAUGUGGUUAUUUUAUGGAGAAUUUUUACACUAAGAUGUUUCUUCAAAUGCUGUUUUAAGGAAUUUGGUAUUUUCAGAAGUUCUUUGGAAUCACGAGUGUGAGCUUGUAAUGGGCUGUUUUUUUUGGGGGGAAGGGAAGAACUGUAAAUAUUUAUUAUUAAGUUGUUGUGUUCCUAUGAAUAUGCCUUGUACUUUUCUUCUCAAGGAAUGGACUAUCUUCCCUUUACUCUUUUCUUCUUCUUUUGUCCUUUUUUUAAUUUUGUGGUUGACUCUAGGCAUCGGUGAUGUUAUUUUCGUUGUAAUUCUGGGGUUGUUUAUCUGAAUUCCAUGUAACAAGGUGAUGUGAAAAUUAUCAAAUGAAGUUAUAUCUUUACCUAUUUAA